GCGUUUUGAACGGCAUGAACACGGCAUUCAAAAUGCAGUGUAAAAAGGCUUUUACGGAUACAUGCAAGCACGCACGUGUCGAGUCCUCCAUUGAACCCCAGCAACUGCCUCAGCGAACCCCUGGGGUUCAAUCGAACCUAGGUUAAGAAACACUGCCUUCGCUGAUCAUCCCGGAAGUCUUCUCUCGCUGGAGUUGGUCGGCUCCACGUAUUCACAUCAGUGUUAACAGCAUCCCGAUGGAGUGCAUGUUCAUCAUGAACCGAAUGGGCUCUCCGGGUAGCUCAGCUGCAGCCCAGCGAAGGCGAAUGGCCUUGGGGGUGGUUAUACUCCUGCUGGUGGACGUCAUCUGGGUGGCCUCCUCUGAGCUGACAUCAUAUAUUUUCCGGCGACAGGACUACAACAAGCCCUUCUUCAGCACCUUCACCAAGACAUCCAUGUUCGUGCUUUACUUGCUGGGGUUCCUGCUGUGGCGUCCCUGGAGGCAGCAGUGUACCGGCUCGCUCAAACGCCGACACGCUUCACUUUUUGCUGAUGCAGAAGCCUACUUUGCUCCCUGCACCAAUGACACCACUGUGAACAACUGUUUGAGUGAACCACUGUACGUGCCCGUCAAGUUUCGGGACGUACCCGCCGAUCUCUCCAACUGUUUAAUCGAAACAGACUGUGAAUCUUCAGCUUCUAAAAAGCAGCGGGUGCGUUUUAGCAACAUCAUGGAGGUGCGUCAGCUGCCCUCCACGCAAGCCCUGGAGGCCAAACUGUCCCGCAUGUCCUACCCGGCCGCCAAGGACCACGAGGCCAUGUUGGGCACGGUGGGAAAGCUUACCAUCACCGACGUGGCCAAGAUCAGCUUCUUUUUCUGCUUUGUGUGGUUCCUCGCCAACCUGUCUUAUCAGGAAGCUCUCUCCGACACACAAGUGGCCAUUGUCAACAUUUUGUCGUCCACGUCAGGCCUGUUCACACUCAUCUUGGCUGCUAUAUUUCCCAGUAACAGCAGCGACCGCUUCACAUUGUCCAAGUUGUUAGCAGUGGCACUGAGUAUGGGAGGUGUUGCCCUGGUGAGCCUCUCCAGCAUGGACCGGCCUGAUGAAAAGGGCACCAUAGGUACCUUGUGGUCCCUAGCUGGGGCCAUUUUGUACGCCAUCUACAUCGUGAUGAUCAAGAGACGGGUGGAUCGGGAGGAUAAGCUCGACAUUCCUAUGUUCUUUGGGUUUGUAGGCCUGUUCAACCUUCUGCUGCUGUGGCCAGGCUUCCUCCUCCUUCACUACACAGGCUUUGAGGCCUUUGAGCUUCCCAGCCAGCUGGUGUGGACCUACAUCCUCAUCAACGGCCUCAUCGGGACAGUUCUCUCAGAGUUCCUCUGGCUGUGGGGCUGCUUCCUCACGUCGUCACUCAUUGGGACCCUGGCCCUGAGCCUCACCAUACCGCUCUCUAUGUUGGCAGAUAUUUUCAUGCAGAAGGUGCGUUUCUCAUGGCUGUUUUUUGCAGGGGCGGUGCCCGUCUUCCUCUCCUUUUUCAUCACCACGCUGUUAUGCCACUACAACAACUGGGACCCAGUCAUGGUGGGUCUGAGGAGACUGUACGCCUUCGUUUUUAGAAGACAUCGCAUUCAGAGGGUGCCGACUGACACUCCUUCUCCUCCCCAAGACUCCCCGAGGACAACGAGCUGUGUGAAAGCCUUAUACCUUUACACACCGUCUCCCUAAACCAAGGAAGCCUGUGCUCAUGAUCUACAGUCAAGUGGCAAACAUUUAGUAGCAGUCAGAGACAAUGAUCCACCCAGUGCCUACCAUUUGAAUGUUCAACUUGCUUCAGUGAGGCAGAGUUAUUCCUUUUUUUUUUUUUUUUUUUUUUUUUUUAUAAAUCGUGUGGCUAAAAUCUGACCGCAGCUCAAGAAGCUGGACGUGACCGGUCGUUCUUAUUAUUAUAGACAGCAGAGAGUGACAGGCAAUACUGACUCAUGAUGUCACGUGACCAAAUGAAGAGGUACGUUUAAAGUUGACUGGAGCGCCAGCAGAGGAAUAAACCAGGAGUCCUUGUGCAUUCUUACCCAUUUUGCACUUACUCACUUUUUUGCCUUUUGUUUGAUUGCCUUUUUCACCUAUGAGGUAGCAGGCGGACAGUCUGUUUGCAAAUAUAUACUUUUAUUCGUGAAGCUUCCGGUUUGAAAGAAUAUCACAACACUAUGUUUAACUUCUGGUUCCAUUGUGGCUCAAACUGACCCAUUUUUUUUUUGGUUAAAGAAAGAUGUAGUUUUUCAGUUUGAAACUUCAGUUUAAUCAGGGUGCUCAACAUAUAUAGUAUACCUAAUGGUUAUUAAUGGGGUUAAUAAUAAGGUCCAAUCAAUGAUCAUUGGGAUUUCAGGCACUUUUGGAUCAUUAAACACGCCCUGGGUCAAUUGGACCCAUUUUACGGUUAAAAAAAUGUUUUUUAGCAUUCACCUUCUGCUUGGCUUAAUAAGUGUAAUCAACAUAUCAUCAUUAAUGAGAUUAGAUUUUAAAAAAGAGUAAAAAAAUCAUACCUGAUUCUUUGAUCAUUAAACAUGCGGGGGUCAAAUUAAAAAAAUGUUUUUUUUUUCAGGAUGACACAUCUGCUUAGCUUAAGUAUAAACAUAUUCCAUAUAAAAAUCGUCUAUAUCACAUUAUUAACUCCAUUACUAAUCUUUUCAAUCGACAUUUAGUUACAUUCGCUUCUCAGGAACAACAAUAAUGACCCUGGGUCACUUUGACCUGGGGUAUCUUUAGUGAUCCAAAAAAUGUCAGAAAAAAAAAACCAAAAAAAAAACAUCCCAAUAUUUUGUACGUCACAUUACUAACCCUGCGAUUGGCUGACGACCAGUUCAGGGUGUACCCCGCCUCUCGCCCGAAGAUAGCUGGGAUAGGCUCCAAGCACGCCUGCGACGCUAGUGAGGAGAAGCGGUACAGAAAAUGAAUGAACAUUGCUAACUGCAUUACAAAUGAUUUCAGUCAACCUUUCCUCUCAAUGGAUUGUUGAUUAAUCCUUCUGUUAUAACAAUGUUGCUGGGUCAACUUGACCCAGAUUGUGUUGAAUGUUAAGAGGGUCAGAAAUGAAUAAAAUCUCCAUUAAUACUGUUGUUUUCAAGAAGUUUCACCGAGAAAAACGACAUUUUACUUGAGUUUCUUUAACUUUUAAAUGAGUCGGUUUGACCCGCUACUGUACAUAAUAGGAGGGGAAGGACUAAGAAGAACUGUUAGUACCGCUGCCGUUAUAAGAUACGCAGCCUGUUUUCGGAAUGGGCGUUAAACGUGAAGUAUUUUUGAUGACAUCCAGCCGACCACUACACUUUUCCUGUUGUUAUAUUUUAUGUGCCGCUGAAAUUUAUGACUUCCACAUCGAGCCAAAUCUUUUUUUUUUUUUUCCUCCGCACAUUUUGAGCUUGUCAUUUCCCGGUAAGAAGAAAAAAAACAUUUUAACUUGUCAGAUGUUGCUGUUAUUGUGCUCGCUAACUGGAGAACGCAAGAACCUGCCAGCCUUGGAAAAUGAACAGGUUCAGCACUUUAAAGACAAUAUGUCAGUUCUUUUACAGUAUUUUAUAUAUGUAUAUACUGUAUACUGUAGUGUUGUUUCUUUAGCUUCAAAAGGGUUCUAUUGCUCGGUUUGUGUGAACUAUAAAAUGAAGAAAAUGCUAUAUCUUUAUUAAUGUUCUUUCAUAUGUUUGUUCACAGUUGCUUUGAUUCCCGUCUCAGGUACUUUCUUUGUCUUGAUUGUUGGAAAAAAAUCAUUUGUGUGGCUUUUAAAUGUCAACCAUUUACUUUCGUCAUCUCCUUGUCUAAUAAGCUUUUAGAUUUGACAGAUUCUCUUUCCUGGAUUCAGUACACUAUUAAAGACAUACCUUUUUAAA